AUGAUGGAGCAAGAAAUGGAGCGACGCGACUCGACAUUAUGGGCUCACAUCUUUGUCAACAUGCUGGCCUUUGGCGUGCUGUUCCCUCUCGGCAUGGUGCUAGGCAUAACCAAGAGCCGAUGGCACGUCCCCAUCCAGACUCUGUCCUCCGUCCUCGCCCUCCUCGGAUACGCCCUCGGCCACAUGCACGGGGGCCGCGAGUUCCUCCCCACCAACGUCCACGCCCACUUCGGCGACUGGGUCUACUUCCAGAUGUUCGCCCAAAUCAUUGUCGGCGUCUACCUCCGCCUCCACCUCGAGAAGGGGAUCCAUAAGCGCAUACGGCCCGUCAUCCGCAUCAUCCACAGCAUCAACGGCAAGACCUUCCCCGUCGUCGCCUGGGCCCAGAUGCUGUUCGGCGGCAUCACCGCCCUGGGUUUCUGCCAGGGCGACCACCUGGGCCAGUGUCUGGCCCACUUCAUCAUGGGCAGCGCCUUUAUCGCCUACGGCAUCCUCCUGACCAUCGCCAUGCUGGUCGGCCAGCUGUGGAUCAAGCGCACCGGCCGCUCCCAGGAGUUCUUCGACAGCGUCGUCAUCGCCGCCUGGGGCUGCGUCAACACCUUCACCGAGCACAGGUGGGGCACCGCCUGGGUCAAGAACGACUGGCAGCACACGACCAUGGGCAUUGUGUGGUGGUGUGCCGGUCUGGCCGGUAUCUGGUUGAGCAAGGACAGGCUCGGCCGCCCCAAGAGGAACUUCAUCCCGGGCUUCGUCAUCGCCAUCACCGGCUGGGCCAUGUCCGCCCACCCUCAGGAUCUCAUGAUCUCCGCCAUGACCCAUAAGGCCUUUGGUUACACCCUGAUGGCCGCCGGAUUCACCCGCAUGGUUGAGGUUUCGUUCGUGCUUCAGGACAAGGUCGGCAUCUCGGACGACGGCUACGACACGCAUAGCUUCCAGUAUAUCCCCGUAUUUCUUCUCUACGCCUCCGGCUUCCUGUUCAUGGGCGCCACCGAGGAACAGAUGCAUCUCGUCAACUCGUCCGGGAUCGACGCUGUCGCCUACGUGCUCAUCCUCUACAGUCUCGCCUUCCUCGUCUUCCUCUUUACCAACGUGCUGGUGCACAUCUACGACCGCAGCGUCAACCUGAACGGGCACACCAAGGGUAUUAAUGGUCACGCACACGGUUCUAACGGCCACACUCUGGCCCCAGCCCAGGAGCGUAGGCUGCGAGAUGCCGAAGAGUUUGAGCUGGACGACAUCAUGAGCGACGAGGACGAAGAGGACGCCCAGCGGCAGAAGCUGCUGAAGGAGGAGAAAGAUGAUGUCGACGGCGAUGGCGAGGGUCUGUCGAGCCCCAGCACGGUCGGCAGGAACAAUGAUCGGGUUGCUUAG